AUGGACCUCGAAAACAUUGUGGAGCGAGCUGUAGCCAUUCAAGAAGGCCGUGACCCACCCCCAGACCUCAACGACGAUGGUGACCCGCCCUCGGACCCACUGAAGGACAUUAACGACAAUGACAAGACUCCUGAUAUUGAAGCCCAACCGCUGAUGACGCAGGUUAGUACGCCGGAUCUUUUCAUUCUGGAGCCGGUCUGCGAGACCGUCACCAAUUCGCUAGACCGCACCCCAUCGCUGGAGCUGACCGAUCCUGAGGUUUGUAGAAAGAGAAGAGACUUGAGGUUGUUGUGCGGAAUGGCGUGGUUUUGUAUUGACAUAGUAGUAGAAAAUGUAGUGAUAGUAACAUGUUCAACUAAUAUAUAUAUUAGGUGCCAACAUAAAGAACCCGCCAUUUUUUACAAGAAAUUACAUAAAAAGUAUGGCGGGGUUUAUGUUGGCACCUAAUAUUAAUACAUACUAAUGUUAUAAGACAACAUCAAAACACAGUUAGACCUAACUUCAUAUUAAUUUUAAAUUUUAAGUUUUAUCUAAUUCUAAGCGUACUACCCUAUGCUCACAGAGCCCCUUUUUACUAAGCCUGAAUUUCAUAGCUUUAGCAUAAUAUUAUUAAGCGCAAGCCUACUAAGCUUAAGCUUAUUAUGACUCUACCUACUCAAUUAAAACUAACUAAUCCUAAGCCUAGUAAAUUUAAACUUACUAAGUUUAAGGCCUCUAAGCAGAAGCGUACUAAGCCUAAGCUUGCUAAACCAGCCUAUUGAGUCAGAGGUUACUAAGCCAAAAACUGCUAAGCCUACCAAAACUAACUUAACAGACCCUAGUCUUAUUUAGCCUAAAGUCACUAAGCCAUCGCUUACUAACCAAACUAAACCUAAGCUAAAUGACCUUAAACCUAUACUCAAUGUACCGUUAUCUUACCCUAUUGUAUCGUGACAGUAAUUUAAACUUUUAUUUUAAAACUCAAUUACAGAGUUAUUAAAUAAAAAUAGAAUUAUACAAUUUAUUUUAUAAUAUACAUCGUAUUUUACCUAUUAAUAUUACCUAUUUUAUCCUUUUAAUGCUAAUCCCCUAACCAUAACACUUUAAUGCUAACCUCCUAACCCUAACAACCCUCUAAUCGCUAAACUAUUACCUAAACUUCCACUAAAACUUCAAUUUCAGCCCCCCUUCUUCGACAUCUGCAACUUCAUUGCCAUUGACGUUGAACUGCCAGAAGAUAUGUCAGGAGAAAAAACCGUAGACUGGCUAGAGCCAAUCCAAGUCACUCGCCCAAUCACCGAGACUGUCAGUGUGUCCGAAGACAUUGCCCUGCCCGAGCAAAUUGAAAAACCACCCCCGAUCGUGAUCCUACAUGACGAUGAAAAAGUGACUACAAGCGCGGCCGAAGAGCCAAAGAAGUUCGAGGAAAAGAAACAAAAGUACGGCCGAGACGCUAGAAAGCUGUACGAAACGUACCAAGAAGAAUGGGACCGACUCGAAAGACUGGGACACAAAAGACUUGGCUCCAGACGAAAGUCAGUACUAGCCGACGAUACUCAUACUCCCGGCUCUUCUCGCGGCUCUAGUCCAGUACGUGCCACAACUCCAGUCAAGAAAAGUGCCAGAAGCCCCAGAAGUUCAGUUAGCCCAGCCCGAAGCACCACAAGUCCAGCCCGAAGCACAGCUACUAGUAAACAAAGCACAGCCAAAAGUAGUCCAGCUAGAACACCAACUGGUCCAAGCCCAAGUCCCACGCCUCGGCCCAGACAACCUAGUCUAGCCACGGCAGCUAGGGUUGCUAUGUUGGCUGCCAGGUUUAAUAAAGGUGAAGAUAGCAAGGCUAAAGUCUCGGCUGGACCGGCUAGAGGGGCAGUACAAGCGGCGAAAGAAGCGUUGGAAAGAAGGGCUAGCCACACACCUGCUGUUUCGCCAUUACCUCCGAAAAAGCGAUUCUUGUAA